AAUCCAUAAUAACAGCUCAUCUCCAGUAAGCAGAGAUAAAAGGCUUUCCGCAAUCUUCCGUUCCGCACUGCAGGAAGUCGUCUACUCCUCUCAAACCCGAAACGAAGCGAACCCGAAAUAUCGGGACGGAAACGAUAUGGAUCCGUGCCCAUUCGUCCGAAUCCUCGUCGAAUCGCUCACACUCAAGCUUCCCUUCGCCUCCAAACCGGCCGGUUCGGGCGUCCACCCUUCCUCCACUCCUUGCUUCUGCAAAAUCCGACUCAAGAACUUUCCUUCCCAAACUGCCCUUCUCCCUCUCGACUCCAACGACUCGUCGUCUUCCCCCAACGGCGGCGCCUCCUCUCCUUCCGUCUCCUUCCACUUGGAUCCGCAGCACCUCGGUCGGCUCUCCGGUAAGCCUACCGCCCUCCACGUGUCGGUCUACACAGGCCGAAUGGGGCGCACGUGCGGCGUCCGAUCGGGGAAGACACUGGGACGUGUGCGGGUGGAGAUCGACAUGGGCGGGGCGGACGGUCGGGCGUGCGUGUUCCAGAACGGUUGGGUUGGGAUUGGGAAGGAAGGGAAGCCGUCGGCCCGGCUCUACCUCGUGGUCCGGGCCGAACCGGACCCCCGGUUCGUCUUCCAGUUCGGGGGCGAACCGGAAUGCAGCCCGGUCGUCUUCCAGAUACGGGAGAACAAUGACAUCAGGCAGCCGGUCUUCAGCUGCAAGUUCAGCGCGGACCGGAACCCGAGAUCUCGGUCUCUGCAAUUAGAUCCUGGCAAAAACACAAGGGGAUGGUUGAAUUCCUUUGGAAAUGAGAAAGAGCGUCAGGGAAGAGAGCGUAAAGGAUGGAUGAUCAUGAUACAUGAUCUUUCUGGCUCGCCCGUGGCUGCUGCAUCAAUGAUUACCCCAUUUGUCCCCUCUCCAGGUUCAGAUCGUGUGUCCCGCUCAAACCCAGGCGCAUGGCUCAUCCUCCGUCCACACGGAUUCUCUGUCAGCAGCUGGAAGCCAUGGGGCCGGCUGGAGGCCUGGCGAGAGAGAGGCUCCACUGAUGCACUGGGUUACAAGCUUGAGCUUGUGACAGACUCAGGCCCCAACGCUGGAAUUCCCAUUGCUGAAGGUACUUUGAGUGUCCGAAAAGGUGGUCUAUUCUGUAUCGACACAAGCACAGGUGGGGAUGUUUUGCACAGUUUGUGGCCUUUUGGGAGAGGGUAUGUGAUGGGUUCGACUGUAGAAGGUGAAGGGAAGGUCAGCAAGCCAAUAGUGCAAGUCGGUAUGCAACAUGUGACGUGCAUGGCUGAUGCUGCAGUCUUUAUAGCUCUUUCGGCUGCCAUAGACCUGAGCAUGGAUGCGUGCCGGUUAUUCUCAAGGAAGCUGAGGAAGGAGCUUUGCCAUGAUCGGCAAGAUUACAUCUUGUAAUUGCAUCCACCUGCUUUAAUCUCUCGCAAAAUUGCUGCAAUGAUGCACUGAUGAUCAAUGGUUGCUUGUGAUUUAAGAGCCUUUGGUUUGAGUAUCAGAAAGAGAUUGGCUUUUUUCCUCCCUUAUUUGGUCAUCCAGAUUUUAUUUUUUUUGUUCUGAUUCUUUUUUCGGUCUCUUUUUGCUAGCCUUUGGUUUGAUUUUUCAGGCCAACCUUGAUUGAUUGCUCGUGAUAUUCAAUCUCUCUUUCUCUCUCUCUCUCUCUCUCUCUCUCUCUCUCUCUCUCUCUCUCAUCCUUUUGUUUCUUUGAUUUGAUUAGAUAAUGUGGGUUCUGUCAAUAUCUGAGGGAUGAGGUCGUGUUUCUACAUACAAUGUUUAUGUCAGUUUGUAACUUCAUACAGAUUGAACUGUACAGACAGAAAUAUAAGUUGGUUCUAUUUACUUUU